AUGAAUCAUCGACUAAAAACUGAGCUUACAGAAAGACAUCUAAACUAUGAUAUCAAUUACGAUAGCAUAAUCAUUGUAAAAGACAAAGAAUAAAAAAAUAUAAGUCCCCAAGCUCUUUUAAGUCUUGAGUUUUAUGGAAAAUAAACUCCAAAUCAAUCUACUAAAUUGAUCAAAAAUUUCAAACAUACAUAGAGAAUCACUCUUUCAUCAUUGAAGAAAGCUUAAGCUAUUUACAGUCCAAUCUUUAAUUCUAAGUAAAAAAAAAGAUUUCCAGAAUCUCCUUCAAACUUUCGAAUUAAACCAUCUAAAUUGAAUUCUCAUAAUACUACUAAACCAACUCUCUAUACUCCAAGUACAAAAACUCAAGAGAGUUAGUUAGAAUCAUAAACACAAUUUGAUAUUAAGACUUAAAUAUCAAAAAUUAAGUUAAUAUUAAGUUCUAAUAAUCCUAAAAAGUAUCAAAUAGACUUUACUAAAUUUAAAAAAUCUAUAUAUUGA